UGUACAAGGUUCAAAUAUUCCCCCGAUAGUAAAGGUAUAAGAGCCACUGCAGGUAAACAGAAGAGGCAAGACCUGAUUACAGGAUAUCUUCAGCAGCAGAAAGACAUAGAUAUUACAGGACGAUGUUGUCAGCUGACCCAGUGACGAUCCUUCUGUCUGUUGUUGUCAUCCUCUUCUUGGCCUAUAUAUACAACAAGAGACAAGACAAGUACAAGAAUUUCCCACCUGGACCCAAACCAUGGCCAAUUAUCGGAAAUAUGCUCGGUAUCGACAUGAAGAAACCUCAUAAGACAUUUAUAGAGUUAUCCAAAACGUAUGGUCCAGUGAUAGGUGUCCAAAUAGGGAGUGAGAAAAUGGUUGUCCUCUGUGGAUAUGACGCUGUGAAGGAUGCUUUAAUUAACCAUGCCGAGGAAUUUUCUAACAGGCCAAGGGCACUAAUACUUCAGAAAAGCCAAAGUGAACAUGGCCUUGUCUUUACCAAUGGAGAAACCUGGAAGGUGAUGAGAAGAUUUGCUCUUUCCACACUACGAGAUUAUGGGAUGGGGAAGAGAACUAUAGAAGAUAAGAUUAGUGAGGAAGCGGAAUGCUUGGUACAGACUAUUAAGUCACAUGGAGGGAAGCCUUUUAACAAUUACACUAUCAUAAAUGCAGCUAUAGCCAACAUUAUUGUAUCCAUACUACUGAGCCGUAGAUUUGAGUAUGAAGACCCUAAUAUACAGAAGCUCAUGACUUUAGUCAAUGAGAAUAUUAAACUUAUGGGUUCACCUAGAGUCAGGCUGUACAACAGCUUUCCAUUUCUGGCAGGUUUGCUGCCUGGGGGCCAAAAGAAGAUGGAUGCCAAUAGUCAACAGCUUCAGAGCUUUAUGAGAGCAACAUUUAUCAAGCAGAGGAAGGAACUGGAUGUAAAUGAUCAGAGAAACCUUGUUGAUACCUUUCUGGCCAAACAGCAAGAGGGGAAGCCAGAAUCUACUCUGUAUUUCCAUGAUGAAAAUUUAACUGCCCUGGUGAGCAACUUGUUUGGGGCUGGAAUGGAGACAACAUCCACCACUCUGCGAUGGGGCUUUCUGCUAAUGAUGAAAUAUCCUAAUAUACAAAAGAAAGUACAAGAAGAAAUUGAAAAAGUAAUUGACACAGCUCAGCCUAGAUUAGAGCAUAGGAAACAAAUGCCUUACACUGAUGCUGUCAUUCAUGAGAUCCUGCGCUAUGGCGAUAUCGCACCUGCAAGUCUUCCACAUGCAGCGUCAAAAGAUGUCACAUUUAGAGGAUAUUUCAUUCCAAAGGGAACCACAGUCAUCCCAGUGCUCUCCUCUGUUCUGAGGGAAAAGUCCUACUUUGAAAAACCAUAUGAGUUCUACCCAGAGCAUUUUCUUGAUUCUAAAGGCAAUUUCAAGAAGGUUGAUGCAUUAAUUCCAUUCUCUAUUGGAAAAAGAAGCUGUGCCGGAGAAACAUUGGCUAAGAUGGAGCUGUUCCUCUUCUUUACAACACUGCUGCAACACUUCGCUUUCCAGGCCCCUCCCGGAGCUGUGCUGGACCUCACCCCUGCACUGGGGGCCACAAAUGGCCCAUUACCAUAUGAAAUGUGUGCGAUCUCCCGCAUUUAGAUUUAGUCUGCUCUGAAAUACAUUGUAAUUUAUUAAAAUAUAAUUUUUUUUAUUAUUUGUUGAAAUAAAAAUAAAAAAUAACUC